UGGCCUCAGAAGCAUCAAGCUGCUCUCAUGUAUCUGGGUCCAACUGAGAGACCUCCAGAAGAGCCAGAGGAGAAACCGUCCAGACCUCCUUUGUAUGUCAGGCUUUACAGACGACUUUGGUUGUACUGGUCAUCCCCUCCAAAAGAAGUCCCCCAGGAGGUAACCCCGGAGGACUGGGAAGAAGUGAAGCUCUCCACCAUUGAACUUUCCAUUGCAACUCGGAACAGGCAGCUUGAUCUGACACGCACUGAAGACUUCAUGGAUAUUUGCAUUGAAGCAGAUACUGUCAGCAAAGGACAGUUUGUGAACAGAGGAAGUCAAAAGAUGUGUGAUCCACAUAUGUGCCCUGAAGGGAGCCAGUGCAUCCAAGCCAGCAGAUGCAUCUUGCAACUUCCAGAGGGCACUGAGGGAUCCUUUGGCAUUGAUAAUGAGGAGUAUGAAGCUAUGCCUGUGGAGGUGAAGCUAUUACCCCAGAAGCUCCGGUUCUUCUGUGAUCCCAGAAUGAGAGAGCAGAUGCUCCAUGCAGCAGUACAGUGAGAAUUCAUGUCAAAGGGGCCAGGGCCAAUGCCUCUUCAAGGCACAUGAGACCUCCCUAACUUGAUUAACCCCCCCAGACUAAUAAGCCACUUGGCUAUUUUUAUGCGCAAGGUACUUCCAUUGGAAGUGGCUGCUUUGGCUAGUCUCAAAGGGGUUAAAAAUGAAAAUUCUGAGAAAUGCAUGUUAACUUGAUGGCAUCUUUUUUUUCCCCCAAAGAAGUCAUCAGUGUUCCAUUUACAGCACUGCAGGCUGAGUGCUGUGUGCCAGAUGCUACUGCUUUAAUACAAUUGUAUAUUAAAGUAAAAU